AUGGGACAUAUGUGUGCGUGUCUGCCGGCCUUCUGCUUGGCUGUGCCACACGCAGACACCUCGCGUCUCAUUGAGCUCUUGUGCAACGAGAUCGCCUCCACUAACACAGUCACAACUGACCUUCGCAAACGCAACCUCACCACCAAGGAGAGCACUCUAAAUCCACCACCUAGUCGCAGUCUCGCGGCUCCAGUAAGCUUCAUUCGUGUCCGACACUCCAGCAUCCCUCGGCCGGACCAGCCCGGGGGUGGCGGUCUGCGAAGGGGUUCGUUGCUAGCGGACGCAAGCUCGAUCGAGGAUGACGCUAUUGCGGAAAAGGAGACUACAAGAAGCGAGGAUGACGGUGACGUAAAGUCAGGCGACUUGCCGUCUGACGACGGCACUGCGGAUUCAUCUUCGGACGAGAGCACGUUUUUGGAUAGGCCGAGAGGGUCUUCCUCUAAGUCGGGCGAAAGUAAGCUCCCUCAAAACGAUUUUCAGCCACUUUCUCACGAGGAGACAACUGCUCUGGUAGCAAAGUUGAUCAAGUCGAGUGAUGCAAAAACAAUCGAGCCCCUACGCAACGUAAUUCCUCGCGACGUUGUCAAUUGUGUUCGAAGAAUGCUGGAAACGGAGUGUGCGUAA